UCAGCCGAAACUUCCUCGAAACCAUUGCAUGAUAUUGCAAAGAGACACGUUUCGAUGUCUCGGCAGUCUAGAUAAUGCUUAAGCUACCCAAAGGAUUAAAGAAGAAAAAGAAAGGUAAAAAGUCGAAAAAAGAUCAAGAGCUCUUCACAGAAGAAGAGCUCGAGCAAUACCGCCGUGAGCAUCAAGCUCAGGCAUCCUCUGCGCUCAAUUCGGCCGCCCCAUCCGAUAGUGAGGAUCAGCCUGCUGGCGAAAAAUCAUCCGAAAACGACGAGGAAUGGUCUAAGUUCGCAGCGCUUACCACUGGCAUCGAUACCGUUCUCAAGAAGACCCAGGAAGAUCUAGACCGCAUCAAGGGUAGUUCAUUUUUCCAGAAAGUUCCGACCAAAGUCGAGCUCGAGGCGAAAGAACGGGAGGAGCAGCAUCGCCGAGAGCAGGAAGAAAGAGAGAAGGCUGAGGCAGCCGCUAAGGAAGCCGAAGAGAAGAAGGCUGCCGAAGAGCUCAUCAACGCCGUUGUUGAGCUUUCCGACUCCGAACCGAACUCCGAGGUCGAGGAAGACAUCUUCGACACUAACUAUACCGAUGCUAUAGCUUCGGGAGAGCUACCGAUUGCCUACAUUCCAGAGUCUCCUGUGUUAGAGUCUUUCGACGGGCCCGAUCCGUUCGAUACUGCGUACGCCGAGAAGGUAAUCAAAGGACCAGAGGUUUCCAAACGAGGAAAGAAGAUAGUUAAUAUUGGCGCAGCCGUUGAAGUACUAACCGGUCGAGUAGAGAGUGUAUCGAGCAAAGCUUCGACCCGUCGGCCUCGGCGUGGACCGAAGAAUCUUUUACUCGAAAGUUUCGACGACGCGCAAGCGGACGGCGAGGACGGACAACUCGCUGGUGAAGACUCCGCUCCACAGCAACCUGAACUUACUCUUCUAGACGACACCGAUGAGCUUCCGAACGAUGCACCAAUCGAUCUGAGCGUUUCGUUGCAUCUCGCCCUACAGAAAGAACAGGAAGCUAAAAAAGAACAAGAACCGGCGGAGCCGGAAUUCAAUCUAGACGAAUUUGACGAUCUAAAGAAACGCGAACCAGCGGUUGAAGGGGACAAUUUUAAACUACUUGUAGGUGAGCCCGAUCAAGAGGGUUCAAAAAAACCUUCUCGUCCGCCGCCACCGCGUCCAUCCACCGGACCACACAUCCCGGACGCUGCAGACGCCGACGACGAACUAGACCUCGACGCUGACGAUCCGUUUGAUACCGGAUUUGUCGAGCGAGUGCUUCCGGCUACCGCCAAGGAGGACGACGAUUUCGAUCCACGCGCAGGGGAAGCCGAGGAAGACGACGAUUUUGAUUUUGAUCCCCGGGCUGGAGACGAACCGUCAGCCACUGUAACACGGGUGAAAACACCCGAUCUAUUUUCUGCCGAAGAAAACGCUCAACUGCAAGUUUCCGGUGCACUGACCAAAGAUUUACUGUCAGGAAGCAACACCGAUAUCACCGAUCUUGCUCAAACUCCGCUUGAAGUGCUUGCUACCGGAGCUAAUUCGGAGGAAUUUGUUGAUCCGUUCGACACAUCGGCCGUCAACUCGAUUGUUGCUCCAGGAAAAACUGAAUUGAAAUUCCUAGAGGAAGAACUUCUAGCUGAUAAGUCUAGCGGACUAAAGCAUUCACUUAGCGAUCCGGAUUUCGAUCCCCGAGCUGACAGUGAACCAUCCGGACAACCGGACGAAGCUUCCUCUAUUGCACAGCGUAAAUCUUCGCUGUGUUUGCAAAUCAACGGAGCUGCCAAGAAUAAAAGUGUAGUUUUUGCCGUUCCUGCAUCCGAUCUGCUGAGAAUCGACGCUGAUCACUCGAUAACCAAGAAACCACUCACUCCUUACUACAGUCGAGAGUCUUCGAUACCGGAAUCUGAAGCAGUCGAUCCAUUCGACACUUCGUUCGUUCCGAAUACCGAACCAACGCAGGUUGAGCUGAGCCUGAUUGAGCAAGAAUUAAAUAACGUCACACUUAAGCACAGUUUGUCUGAUCCGGACUUUGAUCCACGAGCUACUACACCCGUAAUCGAGCAGAAACCUCAAUCAUCCAACCAGCAAACAAGAUCUGAUCUGCUCGGUAUAGACGAGCACCACAACCAAAAAGUUCUAACACCGGCAAGGGAAGCCGAACCGGAAGAGAUUGACCCGUUCGACACUUCGAUCGCUGUGAACAUCCAACCCGGACGGGCAGAACUGAAACUUAUCGAGGACGAGCUUAUUCCAGCGCCUGUACCUGUCAUCAAUCCGGACAUUCUUUCCGACUCGCAGGACGGUGGGGCAUUUUUCGUGAAGGUUCUGACACCUCAACCGAGCAACUCAAUUGACGAGGCGGACAUCGAUCCAUUCGAUACCUCGUUCGCCAACGACUUGGGACCAGGCAAGACUGAAAUCAAACUUCUAGAAAACGAGUUAAUCGAUAACUAA